UAGCUUUGACUUGGGUUUGAACCACACUAUAAAGUCCCACUUUAAGCUGUUCAAGCUUUCCUCUCUUUUCAGUUGAUGAAAAACACAAACAAAACCAAGAAAAUCAAGAAUCAAGAACACCAGGAAAUGGUGCAUAUAAGGUUUAUGAGAUCAGUUCUAGGGCUUCUCUUUCUCUUGAAUGCCCUUAGAGGGCCCUACUCUUAUGCACAUCCUCAUCAGGAUUGGAAAUUUGAGGAAAGUAAGCUUGUGGUGGAUGAAGAUAAUGUUGUUUCUGCUCAAAAGGGAUUUCUUGAUGGUUUAAGCACUACAAGUGCAAGGAAAAUUGGGUUUGGAGGAAGGAAAAUGGUAGUUCAUCAUGAAGUCAUGAUGGGAAAAGAAAUUGAGAAAGCAGAUAUUUCAGGAAAGGAGAAUAAUGGAUUUGUGAAGGAUUUGCAAGGAUCACAAGACCAAUAUUUCAAUCAUCAGAAGAACAUGAACAAUUUGAAGAAGUCUGCCAGUUUGGGAACUCCAAAGAGUGAAGCAACAGUCCAACUCUCAAACACCAGCCCUAACCCUAAGCACACUACUCAAAGUUCCAAGAAACUGCCAACCAAAGCCAGCUUGAAAAGCCAUUCAAGAUCUGAGAAGUUGCUCUCUGAUCAUCAUCAUCAUCAUCAUCAUCAUCAUCAAGAAUCUCAAGUAACAAAUCCAAAAGGUGAAACACAGAGGCUUCUUGAGGCAACCAAAGAGAUUGUGAACUUAAUGAACAAAGAUUACAAGGGAAUGGAUAGGCCCCGCCGCAAGCCACCAAUCAACAACCAUGUUCCCAUUCAUUAAAGUGUUGUAGUAACAUAGGCCAUAGCUAGCUAGACGGGUCUUUUCUGGCUCACUAAUUUUGCCCCCCACAAUAUAGGAAGUGAAGUCCAUUAUAGAAACCCAUGUAGGAUACAACUACUUAGCUUUUUUCUUGUUUUGGGAAUGGCAUACAUAGGAAGAGGAAAUGCUGUUAUCUUGUUCUGUUUGUUUUUUUCACCCUUUUAAUAUAACACUUAGAUGUAGAAGCAUAUAAGUUAUAUAUAUGUAUAUUAAGUUUAUGA